AUGCAUACAAGCCCGGAUAGCUCAUUCGCCUCAUUAGGUCUCGAUUCACGAUUGUGUCGUAUGGUACAGGAUUUGGGUUGGACAGAACCCAGUCCUAUUCAGCGUUCCUCAAUUCCAGUGGCACUGAAAGGUCAAGAUGUAAUCGGUAUAGCAGAAACUGGAUCUGGGAAGACCGGAGCGUUUCUUUUGCCAAUAAUUCAGGAUUGGGCAAAAGCUGGUCAUCCAACUGGAUUCGCUCUUCUCUUAGUUCCCACGCGGGAGUUGGUCAAACAGUUGUCGGAUGAGGCGAUUCGUCUGGGCCGAUCUGACUCGGAUGAAGCCGAUACCGAACCCAGUGUACGCGUGGUUCAGUUGGUUGGUGGAGAAGAUAUGGUGGAUCAAGCGUUGCAACUCGCUUGGCACAGGCAUCAUAUGAUCAUCGGUAAGCGGAAACGGUCAGCCGAGUUUCGAGGAAAAGGUAUCCAAUCCGUGGCUAACCAAAUCAUUAAGUGCUUACAGUUGAAAACGUUACACGAUGCUAUCUCUAACUUAACUUAA